AUGUUCAUUGGUGAUCAGUUGCUUGUAACAAUAUUUCGGAUAGUUGACUCCGAUCUACGACCCCCUCCGUCUUUGGGAGGUUUCGGUUUUUUAGCCGGUAAAUUUUGUACAGGUGACGAAAACAAGAUUUCAGACAUAAAUGCUUUAUCUAUUGCUUCCCUUGAAUCUGUGCCUUCCCCAAAAUAUGCAACCGAAUCAGAAUUGGCCGAAGCCAUCAAAAGAAUAUCAGUAUUAAUUUCUUCAGAUCAAAUCCGUAAUUCCAAAGUUGAACUUGAAGGACACCGCAAGAACGACUUUACUCCACAUCUUCCCUUGGAAUACGAAAUUCCAUCGUUUAUCGUUUAUCCUCAUCUGACAGUACAAGUUAGUCAAAUUCUCAAAGUAUGUCAUGAAUAUUCAGUACCAGUUGUACCUUAUGGUGGUGGAACUUCAUUAGAGGGCCAUUUUUUUUCAACGAGACAACCAUGCAUUGUAAUGGAUGUCUCGCAUAUGAAACGUAUCCUUCGAGUAAACCGUGAUGACAUGGAUGCUACUGUAGAAGCAGGUGUCAAUUGGAUGGACUUGAAUUCGCAAUUAGACGCAACAGCUUCGGAUGGCACGAGACUCAUGUUCGGCCCUGAUUGCGGUCCCAAUGGUCUUAUACUGGGAAUGGUAAGUACCAAUGCUUCCGGAAUCAAUGCGUACAAAUACGGGGCAAUGAUUUCAAAUGUUGUCAAUAUCACUGUUGUGUUGGCCGAUGGUACAAUCAUUAAGACUCGCCAAAGACCUCGGAAGACAAGUGCAGGUUAUAAUCUCACUGGCCUAUUCAUUGGAAGCGAAGGAACUUUGGGUGUUGUUACAGAGGUGACCGUUAAGCUACACGUUCGUCCCAAAUAUGAGCUGGUUGUCGUAGGCCAGUUCCCUAGUUUACGUGAUUGCACAGAUACAGUGCAACAAGUGUUUGCAAGUGGGAUUCAGCCUAAUGCCAUUGAAUUAAUGGAUAAAGACAUGAUGUAUGUUACUAAUUACAGUGGUUACUUGACCCGAGAAUGGCUCGAAAUCCCUACCCUUUUUUUCAAAGUUGGAGGAAUUAAUCCUUCUGUUGUGGAAGAGCAGAGGAAGAUGAUUGAAGAAAUCAGUAUGCAGCAUAAUGUGAAUCGAUUCGUCAUAGCACACAGUAAGGAAGAAGAAGAGGAACUAUUUAGUGCGCGGAAGAACGCCUUUUAUGCAAUGGUCAAUUAUGGACUUAACGAAAUUGGAGAGGACGUUAGAAUUUGGGUGACAGACAUUGCUGUGCCAAUUACUAAAUUAUCUCUGGUUCUAACAGAGAUUAAUACAAUGAUUAAGGAAUCAGGACUUUUCAGUGUUGUUCUAGGACAUGUGGGUGAUGGCAAUUUCCAUGCUGAUGUUUAUUAUCGACCCGAACAGAAAGAACAAUGUGAGAAGAUAAUUAAGAAGAUGGUAGCCCUUGGACUUGCAAACGAGGGUACCUGUACUGGAGAACAUGGUAUUGGGAACGCCAAAAGGAAUUACUUAGUAGAUGAAUUAGGCGAGGAUGCCAUUUCAUUGAUGAGGAAGAUCAAGUUAGCACUUGAUCCCAAACGGAUUUUGAAUCCUGACAAAGUCUUCAAAAUCGAUCCUUCAGACUCUGGUCGUUACUAA